AUGCAUCCGCAUCUGCACACUAAAGACAACAAAGCCUGCGAGGAGGUUAUGAACGCCCUUGAAGAGUGCCACGCUCGCGGAUUCCUCUACAAGGCCGUCGGCAUGUGCAACAAGCCCAAGCACGCCGUCAAUAUGUGCCUCCGCGCCCAGCGGCUCGAGAGAACCAAGGCCAACCGCGAGCAAGCGAAAGUCAAGCGCGAGAAGAUUGAGAAGGUCUGGGCUGAGAUCGACGCCAACACGUAG